GGAAAACGGAAAUUCUGAUAGAGAGGGAGAGAGAGCGGAGAGAGAGGAGGCGGAGCAGAGACGAUGGUGGGGCGCGACAUAGACGAUCUUCCAAAGAACGCGGCGAACUACACAGCCUUGACGCCGUUGUGGUUUCUAGAAAGAGCAGCUCAGGUGCAUCCCACCAGAAGAUCGGUUAUCCAUGGAUCCCUCCACUAUACCUGGCUUCAGACUUACCAGCGUUGCCGCCGAUUGGCCUCUGCUCUUUCUCUCCGUUCCAUCGGUGUCGGCUCUACGGUAGCAGUUAUUGCACCUAACAUUCCUGCCCUUUAUGAAGCUCAUUUUGGAAUUCCUAUGGCAGGAGCUGUGCUGAAUACUGUUAACAUUCGACUAAAUGCAUCAACCAUAGCUUUUCUUCUUGGUCAUUCAACUGCCGCAGUUGUAAUGGUGGAUCAAGAGUUCUUUUCCUUGGCAGAGGAAGCUUUGAAAAUCUGGUCCGAGAAAAGCGAAAAUUUUAAGCCUCCAAUCUUAAUAGUCAUUGGUGAUGAAAAUUGUGAUCCUAAGGCAUUACGGUAUGCUUUGGCGAAAGGUGCCAUUGACUAUGAGAAAUUUCUAGAAAGUGGUGACCCUGAAUUUGCUUGGAAACCACCAGAAGAUGAGUGGCAGAGCAUUGCUCUGGGUUAUACAUCUGGAACUACUGCUAGUCCUAAGGGUGUGGUAUUACAUCACCGAGGGGCGUAUGUCAUGUCUCUAAGUGGAGCUCUCAUUUGGGGGAUGAACGAAGGAGCUGUCUAUCUAUGGACACUACCUAUGUUUCAUUGCAAUGGUUGGUGCUACACUUGGACACUUGCCGCUCUUUGUGGGACUAACAUAUGCCUUCGCCAGGUUACUGCAAGGGCAGUAUAUGAAGCCAUUGCCAAGUACAAAGUGACACAUUUUUGUGCAGCACCAGUGGUACUGAACUCAAUAGUUAACGCCCGGCCUGAGGAAGCCAUUCUUCCUCUUCCCCAUGUUGUGCAUGUGAAUACAGCAGGGGCUGCUCCUCCUCCUUCUGUUCUUUCUGCCAUGACACAACGAGGAUUUCGCGUCACUCACACUUAUGGUCUCUCAGAAACCUAUGGCCCCUCCACAGUAUGUGUCUGGAAGCCUGAGUGGGAAUCUCUUCCCCCUGAAACCCAAGCCCGGCUCCAUGCAAGGCAAGGCGUUCGCUACCUUGCUUUAGAAGGUCUUGAUGUCAUAAACCCGAAAACCAUGCAACCUGUUCCUGCUAAUGGAACUACCAUCGGAGAGAUUAUGAUGCGUGGUAAUGCUGUGAUGAAAGGCUACUUAAAGAACCCAAAAGCAAACGAAGAAGCCUUUGCAAACGGAUGGUUCCACUCUGGAGAUCUUGCUGUGAAACACCCUGAUGGAUAUAUGGAAAUCAAAGACAGAUCAAAGGACAUAAUCAUCUCUGGGGCUGAAAAUAUCAGUAGUGUUGAGAUCGAGAAUACUCUGUACGCUCACCCUGCAGUACUGGAGGCUUCAGUGGUUGCAAGGCCAGAUGAGAAAUGGGGUGAGUCUCCUUGCGCCUUUGUGACAUUAAAGCCAGGUGUGGAUGGUUCUAAUGAGCAACGUCUUGCUGACGAUAUAAUGAAGUUCUGUAGAGAAAAGAUGCCUGCUUAUUGGAUACCCAAGUCGGUGUUUUUUGGACCAUUGCCAAAGACAGCCACUGGGAAGAUACAGAAGCAUAUAUUGAGGGCCAGGGCAAAGGAGAUGGGUCCCGUCAAGUUGAGCAAGUUGUAAUUUUAUUUGCUAAUAAUUGUAGUGCCUAGUCUAAAUGCUUGCUUUAUAUAAAGUUGCUUUCGUUAUUGCA